AAAGAAAGUGAAAGAGUUCUGAAUCGUGCUGUAUAUUUUUUAAUACUAGCGCGCCAAGAAGAAUCAACAUUGAAUCAUUUUUGGUAACUUUUAAAGCCGAGUCUGGACUCUCCUGUUCAUGAGGAAGAAAUGAUAAGCCGGGUUUUUCUGGCUGGUUGGCUGACGGUCUGGGUUUUCUGUUUUUCCAUCGCGGAAGGGAAAGUUGAGUAUAAGGUGAUUGGUCCCUCCAUGCCAGUCGCAGCAGAGAAGGAUGAUGUCGUCCUGCGGUUCCACGUGGAGCCUGAGCUGGACGUCACAAAUGAGACAGUGGAGUGGAAACUCCAGGACAAAUUGGUGCAUCGGUAUCGAAGCCGUAAUGACGAUCUCGACUUUCAAGAUCCAAAGUUCAAAGGUCGAACGUCUCUAUUCCUCAAAGAAAUGGUCCAAGGAAACGUUUCUCUGAAACUAACUAAUAUAACUCAAGAGGAUGCAGGAAAUUACACCUGCAAAGUUUCAAAACUUAAAGCUCAAGUUACCCUGAAUGUUGGUAAAGUAGAUCCUGGUCACCAAGAGGAGGAUUUUAAAAAAGUCUCAACAGUAAAAAGUGGCCAUAGGAUCUAUGUUGUCACAAUCGUCAUCUUCAUCAUCUUCAGUGUUAUCUCUGGAAUUUACUUAUGGAAAUGUACGGUAAGGAAUGAGACGGCAGGACAAAGACAAGAACAUGAAAGCAAAGCACUACCUGGACCCGGUUCUGAUGCUGAACCCAGAGGUUCUCCUCUGAGGCAUCAAAGCUCUGGUAACAGCACCACAUCACCAACAUGAGGCUGCUUGCAAAAAUUCAACAAAUAAUCAUUUUAAAAUGUAUUAUUUGCCGUUGUUUAUAAUGUGCUGAUGUAAAUCUGUGAAUUUAACUUCUUUUCAUAAAAAUAUUUCCCACUA